CUCCGCGAGGCCGCCCGCCGCUCUAUCGCCCGCGCCGACCACCUUCGCCGUGUCUUCUCCGAUGACACUUACCACUCCCGGCUCUUCCCCAACCCCAUCGGGGACUACCUGAUAGAAGUCAACGUCGGCACGCCGGCCCAUAAGAUCUUCGCCGUGAUUGACACCGGCAGCGACCUAACCUGGGUCAACUGCAACCCCUGCAUAGGCUGCCACCCAACCUUCGAGCCUAAAAGCUCUUCCACGUACCACCGCUUCUCAUGCGGGGACAACGCCUGCGCCGAUUUCCCCAUUCACAGCUGCGGGAAAGGCCACACCACGUGCGACUACACGCUUCCGUAUGCGGAUGGAUCGUACACUUCUGGCUUUCUUGCAACCGAAACCUUCACCUUCGACACCACCCCUGGCUAUGAAGUCCCCAUCCUCAACGUG